AUGAAAAAAAAAACAAAUUGUUUUCUUUUUUCCACGUCAAAUAAAAAUGAAUUUAUAAAUUAAAUGAAUUUUAAAAUAAUUAAGUUAAUUAACUUUCAUUUCAUCAUUUUCUUCUUUCUCCUCAUCCUCAGCCUAAUCCUCGGCAUCAUCAUCUCACCGUCUAUCUUCUUCACCAUUCUCUUCACCAUCAUUCUCAUCAUCUUCACCAUCCUCUUCCUCUUCAUCAUCUUGAUUCCUCAUGGAACCCGAUGCUGGGUUUUCCUCUUGUUCAUCUUGUUCUUAUGUGGGAAAGAAUAUUCAUAAUCAUGUGUUACAAACUGGAAAUCAGAACUGUGUUCAUGUUGUUAAUGAAUUGCUGGGGAUGUACACAUAGCUGGGCAAAAUGGAUGUUGCACGCCAUCUGUUUGAUAAAAUGUGUGAAAGAAACAAAAUUUCUUUGAAUAUGAUGAUUUUGGGUUUUGCAUUGAAUUAUGAUUGUGAUGGUGCUUUUGAGAUGCUUAAGCGGAUGGAGUUGGAAGGUUUGGAGCCAGAUGAUGUGACAUGGACAUCGCUGUUGUCAAGUCAUGCUCGAUGUGGGCGGAAUCAAGAAGCUUUGAAGUUGUUUGAUUCAAUGAGGAUGGGAGGAAUAAGGGUUAGUGCUGAAGCGCUUGCUGUGAUGUUGUCUGUUUGUGCUGAUUUGGUGGCCUUUAACAAGGGAAAGGCGAUUCAUGUUUAGGUGGUAAAGUGUGGUUUGGAAAGCUACUUGUUUGUGAAAACCCAGUUUCUUCACAAACCCAGUUUCUUCACCUCGAACGCGGGGGAGUAGCAGUGGCA